UCACAAUCUCACAAUUCGAAAUUUCGAAACUCUCAAUUCUCCUUUUUGUCUUUAGAAACGGCGUCUUGAUAAACGCCGUCCUUCUCUUCUUCUCCUUCAUUUGAAUUUUAGGGUUUCCAUUUUUUCAUUUCUAUACCGAAAAUGAGAGAGUGCAUUUCAAUCCACAUUGGUCAGGCCGGUAUUCAGGUCGGAAAUGCUUGCUGGGAACUUUACUGCCUCGAGCACGGCAUUCAGCCUGAUGGCCAAAUGCCAGGUGACAAAACUGUUGGAGGGGGUGAUGAUGCAUUCAACACCUUCUUCAGUGAAACUGGAGCUGGAAAGCAUGUGCCUAGAGCUGUCUUUGUAGAUCUUGAGCCCACUGUCAUUGAUGAAGUGAGGACAGGAACUUACCGUCAGCUCUUUCACCCUGAACAGCUCAUAAGUGGCAAAGAAGAUGCAGCCAACAACUUUGCUCGUGGCCACUAUACCAUUGGGAAAGAGAUAGUUGAUCUCUGCUUGGAUCGCAUCCGAAAGCUUGCAGACAACUGUACUGGUCUUCAAGGGUUCCUGGUCUUUAAUGCUGUUGGUGGUGGUACCGGUUCAGGUCUUGGGUCACUUCUGCUGGAGCGUCUAUCAGUUGACUAUGGAAAGAAAUCCAAACUUGGUUUCACAAUUUAUCCCUCACCACAGGUCUCAACUUCUGUUGUUGAGCCUUACAACAGUGUCCUGUCAACUCAUUCUCUACUUGAGCACACUGAUGUGUCAAUCCUUUUGGAUAAUGAAGCCAUUUAUGACAUUUGCAGGCGCUCAUUGGACANAAAAAAAAUUCUAGCAGUUUUUAAUUUAAGAUAG